AUGGCGACUCCGGCGUUCAUCUCGCCUCCCCUCGUCUUCCUCCUCCUCCUCGUGUCCUUCACAGCCUGCACCGACGCGACUGUCUUCUUCAUCAAGAACCAGUGCCCCUUCACGUUUGUCAAGAACGCCACCGACGGCAGGAUAUGGGCACGCACCCGCUGCUCUUUCGACCCUUCCACCGGCCGCGGGGGCUGCGAGACCGGCGACUGCGAUGGCGUGCUGCUCUGCGUCGUCGCUAGGAAGCCGUCCAUGACGCUGGCCGAGUUCACCAUCGGGUACGGCGGCGCCCCGGGCAGGUACGACAUCUCGGUGGCGUACGGCUUCAACGUGCCCAUGGACCUGUCCUGCAGCGAUGCCAACGUGAUCCGAUGCAGGGACGCAGACUGCCCCGACGGCAUCCACGGCUAA